AUGAACGGCACGGCCGCGAACUCAGUCUGCAGCUCUAAGCCCUUGCCCCUGGCCAUGUCCAUCUUCUUGGGCUUGCUGUUCCUCGCCAGCAUGAUCCUGAACGGCGCCAGCCUGUGGAUCUUCAGGCACAUGAAGCACUGGAGCCCCAGCACGCUCCUGCAGUUCAACCUGGCCCUCAUAGAUGUCUUGCUGCUACCCACCGCCCCCCUCAUGCUGGUCUACUACGUCCACCUGGGCACCUCCUGGCCCCUGGGCCGGUUCUCCUGCUGCCUCCUCAUCUUCCUCCUCAGCAUCCACCUUUUCGGCAGCACCGCCUUCCUCCUCCUCAUCAGCGUCCACCGCUACUGGUCCGUGGCCCGCUACAACUCGAGGACGCCCUGGGGCCGGAAGUCCUUCCUGAAGAAGGUCUGCGUGGCCGUCUGGCUGGCCAUCGGGAUCCAGUGCCUUCUGCCCUUCCUCUUCCUCCUCUGGGCCUCUCCCUCUCAGGGGCCCCCGCAGUGUCUGAACAUCCACGAAACCGGCCCGACCCCGUUCUACUUCUACUACAACCUGGUGGCCGUCGGGCUGGGGCUUCUCCUGCCCCUUGGGAUGGCGCUGGCCUGCUAUGUCUGCCUGGUGACCUCCCUCUCCAGCCUGACCGUCCCCAGCUCCCGGAGCCGGGCGAUGAAGGCCAAGACCAACCAGAUGAUCACGGUCACCCUGCUGAGCUUCACCCUCUGCUUCGUCCCCGUCCACGUCUGUCGCACCGUGGCCACUUCCGCCAAGUUCUUUGGGCUGUCCUGCUCCUUCCUGAUCCGGGUGGAGCUGGCCUACUACAUCACCUGGAUCUUCACCGUGGCCAACAGUUGCCUGAAUCCUCUCCUCUAUAGCUUUGCCAACGAGAACUUCAACAAGAUCUUCUUCAGGGUCCUGCUCGGCUACCAUUGGUUCCCGGGCCGAGAUGGGGCCAGGGAGAGGCCUCUGGAUUCCAGAAACCUCCAGGAUCCUGUCGUCCAGACCUCGGCCUCCAGAUAA